AAAGUCGCUCCAAAGGCGCGAACAUAAUAAACAAUGACUUGGCUUCAAUUUAGUACGUCUUUUGCGAACUGCUUGACAUAAGAAGUGUAAUAAAUUUAACGUCGUUGACGGUAGUGUCUUUGGGGUUUUGACUUGUCCUUGAAACAUUUUAAACUUUAACCUCUUUAGUUAACGGCGUCUUUCUGAAACUAUGAAAUUUACGGUAGUUUAAAAUUAUCCCCUUUUUUACUGAAUUCUGUCAGAGUACAGAACGUUUUUAUCUACUACCAAUCAGAGUCAACCCAUAAGUCAUUCUAGCUCAACAUGUGUAAAAGAGACAACGAAGCGUUUAUUGUGAAAUUUGUGGAAAAUGAAGGAUCACAAUCGGAGCAUGCUGUCAAAGCAUAUGAGGCUAUUUUGGAGCUGCAGUCUGAUAAGUAUAUAAAAAACAUCAAAGAAGAAGAUGUGUUACAGAUGGAGCAGAAGGAUAAGUCUCUGUUUGUGUUCAGCAACUUCACCUCUUCAGGGUUCCUGCACUGCAAGAAGCUUGGCUGCAGAAUAGUGAGUCCACUGGUGGUGUUGCACUGCCUCCAACAUCAGCGGUGUGUCCCCAGAGCAGAGACGCCUGUGUAUAAUAUGGCAAUGGCUGAUGUAACUAUUUCCUGUACUAAUCUGGACAAAGCAACACGGGCAGAAGUGAUGGAUCUGGUGCAGCUCAUGGGUGGACGUGUCUAUCUGGAUCUUAAUGUGUCUGUGACACACCUGAUUGCAGGAGAAGUAGGAAGCAAAAAAUACCUUGUGGCUGCCAACUUAGGUAAACCCAUCCUGCUGCCCACAUGGACCAAAGCCUGCUGGGAUAGAUCACAAGACAGUCUUUUCAGAUAUACAGACUUGCCAAUGGAGGACUAUCUGUGCCCCGUGUUGCUUGGCUGUACUGUUUGCGUGACGGGCCUCUCCAGCACAGAACGCAAAGAGGUGCAGAGACUCUGUGAGCAGCAUGGAGCCAAAUACACAGGCCAGCUCAAAAUGAACGAGUGCACACAUCUCAUUGUCAAUGAACCAACAGGCCAGAAGUUCGAGUGUGCCAUGAAGUGGAAUGUGUAUUGUGUGUCUCUACACUGGCUUUUUGACAGCAUCGAGAAGGGCUUCUGUCAGGAUGAAACCAGGUACAGUGUGGCACCCAAGGCAUCAAAAACCACUCGGCCGCACACUUCCACCCCUACCAACACCACCAAGAGGGAAGAUGCCCCAUCUCUAUUGGGUCUGAGCAACAUUUCUGUCAGCACUAGCAUAGGAAUAAAUGACACUGCCCUCACCAAUGCCACCGUAAGCCGUAUGGAGACGCCAGACCCCAUUGACAACCUGGAUCUCACCGCUUGCUCAGCAGAUGAUGUUUUAGAUGGUUGUAAGCUGUAUUUAUGUGGUCUCUCGAUGAAGAAGCUGGAGAAGCUGCGGCGACUUGUUAACGCUGCAGGAGGUUUGCGCUUCAACCAGCCCAGUGAAGAACUCACGCAUGUUGUGAUGGGAGAACUGGACCAGGAACUUCAACAUUUUCUUUCCAAAGCAACUCACAGGCCCCACGUAGUGACGGUGCAGUGGCUGCUGGACAGUUUCUCCAAAGGCAGCCUGCUUCCAGAAGAAGGAUACCUCCACCCUGACUGUCUUCCUCCUGCUGCAGCUGCUGUACCCACGACAAAACAUCUCCCACCAAAGUCUCGACCUUCAGUCGGUCCACUGGUUCUCAGCCCCAGCACUCCCAGGGAGAAGACGGCAGAGGAAGAUCUACUCUCACAAUACAUGGAUGAUGAUCCUACAGUAGAGCCACAACCUGAGUCAUGGGUACCCAACCCAGGAUCAGAACAAGACUCAACCCUGCAGGACGGCUUGUUUUCUGGCAAAAUCUUCCUUCUCGUGGGUUUUGGUGCUGAAGCUGAGGCGCAGCUCUCGAUGCUGGUGACAGAACAAGGAGGGAAGGUGCUAACGGGCAGCACUCGAGUCGUGGCCGACUACGCCGUGGUUCCUCUGUUGGGCUGCUCCGUGGAGGCCACGGUGGACGAGGUCGUCACUGAUACCUGGCUGGCCAUGUGUGUGGAGAAAGAGUGUGUUUUGGAGCUGCCCUGUAACCCCCUGUUCACCCCUGUUCCUGUGAGGGAGGGACAUUUCCCUCUCAAAGACUGCAUUCUCUCAGUCAGCCAGUUCACCGGAGCAGAGAGGGAGUCUUUGGUGGAUCUGGCCAAGCACCUCGGAGCCAAUGUCCAGGAUUACUUUGUGCGUCUGGCGAAUCAGAAGAAAGGCAUGUUGGCCAGCACUCAUUUGGUGUUGCGGACUCCUGAAGGCACAAAGUACGAGGCGGCUAAGAAGUGGGGGUUUCCUGCCGUCACCAUGCGCUGGAUACUAGAGUCUGCUCGAACGGGCAAGAGGGCACUGGAGGAGAAAUAUCUGGUUGACCUUCCAGCCUCACCAGAGAGAGAUGAAGAGAGCUUCAUCGGCGGCUCUCAGAGACCGAUUCUGCCUCCACCAGCUCCUCUUUCUCCUGAAGUCCCUUUGCUUGGUCCACAAAGUGGGAAAGCUAUCACCCCCCUGGAUUUGGGUCGCUUUCAGAGCAAGGUGUUUCGCUCUAUGUUGGAUGAGAUGAAGCCCAAAGAAGACCUCAGCACCCCCAAACUAAACCAGGACAGCAGAAAGAAACCGCUUCAGAAGGAGCCUCCUCUGCAGCUGGACACUCCUUCUCGCUUUCUGAGCAGAGAUCAGCUCUUCAGGCCCUCGUUUAACGUCAAGGAUGCACUUGGAGCUUUGGAGACUCCAGGUGGGAGAUCGAAGCCAAGACCACAAGUAGAAACUCCACUUACUGAUGUCAUCAACAGGAACCUGAAAGUAGCUCUGGCCAACAGCUCACACGGUAACGUCUCAGAAAUGGAAGCAGCUUCAGCAAGCCCCCAGCUGAAGAAGACCACAGAGAAGGAGGUUCCACAAAAGGAAGCUGGCCCUCUGAGUGGAGUUGUGGUCUGUGUGGGGAAGAAACUGAGUAAAAUGCAGAGUGAGCUAAAUGCAGUCGCUGCCUCACUUGGAGCUGACUUCAGGUGGGCUUGUGAUGAUAGAGUGACGCACUACAUCUACCAGGGCCGAGUGGGGGACACCUCCCGCGAGUACAAAGGAGUGAAGGAGAGGGGGCUGCACAUAGUGUCGCAGUACUGGCUGCAAGCUUGUGCUGAGGAGCAGAGACACGUCCCAGAGUCCCUGUACCCGUUCACCUACAACCCCAAGAUGAGCCUAAACCUGAGCCAGGUGCCCUGCAGCUCCCAGAGGCCUCCACCUUCAACACAACUCAAAGACGCCUCAGAACCAAAGCACAACAAGUCUGAGCUCACUGCUGCAGAGGAACCUGCAACCGUCAGUAACAGAGGGGUCGAUCCAGACGAGACCAUUGAUACUACAGAGAAAACAGAUACUCUGGAAAUGAGAGAAAAGCUGCAGAAACAGUUGCAGGAGAUCAUGUCGAUGACGACAGGCAGGCGCACUUCUCUCAGACUUGCAAGGAUGGGCGCAGGCGGUGCCGAGUCCGGCUCCAACACACCUGACGGGAGCCGAGCUGGACGCACCGGGAACAGACGAACUCUAGAAGCUCUGAGGGUGUCCAGAGAAGCCGCUCUGGAUGUAAACACAGAACCAUCUCAGAGUGAACAGAUAGUCUGGGAUGACCCGACAGCCAGGGAGGAGAGGGCCAAGCUGGCUGAUAAUUUACAGUGGCCCGGCAGUCCGUCGCAGCACUCAGACCCUCUCCCCCCUGCACCCCCUCCCACUGAAGAAGCCAGCUCACAGUUUAGGGACUCUAUGACUGAUUCAGAGCUGGUGGAGAUAGCGGCCUGUGAGGUUAUUAACCAGCAGAUGGGUCAGAAGGUCAUGACGCCCCCACCAGAGGAGCCAGAAGGUGACAUCCUCACUCCUAAAGCUCCCAGCAUCGCCUUUCCUCUCGCCAAACCUCCAGUCGCACCCGAGCCUCAGGUGAAGGAGGAGAAAAGGGAAGAAAAGCAGCCGCCCAGAUUUCAGCUGUCCUCCCUCAGCCCUCAGGAGCGCAUCGAUUACAGUCAGCUCAUAGAAGAGCUCGGUGGCGUCGUCCUGGACAAGCAGUCCUUUGACCCCAGCUGCUCGCACAUCAUCGUAGGGAGUCCGCUGCGUAACGAGAAGUAUCUGGCAGCGAUGGCGGCCGGUAAAUGGAUCCUGCACCGCUCGUACCUGGAGGCCUGCCGCUCAGUGGGUCACUUCAUCCAGGAGGAUGAGUACGAAUGGGGCAGCAGCUCCAUCCUAGAUGCUUUACCCUCCGUCACCUCUCAACAGAGACGACUGGCAUUAGCUGCCAUGCGCUGGAGAAAAGCUCUGCGGGGAAGCUCUGAACAGAAGGUGUCUGUUUUUCAGGGAGCUUUCAGUGGAUGGACGGUGAUGCUGAACAUCGACCAGAGCAGAGAGUCGGGCUUCAGACGGUUGCUGCAGUCUGGUGGAGCUAAGGCGCUGCCCAGUCCCUCCCCGUCGUUUUACAAAGAGGCCACACAUCUGUUCGCAGACUUCAGUCGGCUCAAACCCGGAGACUUCAGAGUGGACGUCACGGAGGCGAGUGCACACGGAGUGAAGUGCUUAAAGCCAGAGUACAUCGCAGAUUACCUCAUGCAGGAGACGACCCCACCUAUGGAGCUGUACCGUCUGGCUGCAGCUCCGGCUGAAGAAGAUCCGGACACGCCGUCACGUAAACGUAAAGCGUCAGCUGAUGCCUCCAGGCUGAAAAAGAGCCGGGUGAACUGAAACCCCAGCACGUCGUCUGAAUAAUCUGCAGUUCAUUAAAACUUGUUGUAAAUUAUAUAUUUUUUUUAUGUAUU